AUGGGAAAGGAAAAGGUGCACAUGAAUCUUGUGGUGGUGGGCCACGUCGAUGCCGGUAAAUCCACUGCAACGGGUCACUUGAUCUACAAGUGCGGUGGUAUUGACAAACGUACGAUCGAGAAGUUCGAGAAAGAAGCUGCCGACAUUGGUAAGGCCUCAUUCAAGUACGCAUGGGUGCUGGACAAGCUGAAGGCUGAGCGCGAACGUGGUAUCACGAUCGACAUUGCACUGUGGAAAUUCGAGUCACCCAAGUCUGUCUUCACUAUUAUUGAUGCUCCUGGGCACCGUGACUUCAUCAAGAACAUGAUCACCGGCACAUCGCAAGCCGACGCAGCCAUCCUCAUCAUUGCCUCUGCGCAGGGUGAGUUCGAGGCUGGUAUCUCCAAGGAUGGACAGACCCGCGAGCACGCGUUGCUGGCCUUCACUUUGGGUGUGAAGCAGAUGGUUGUGUGCUGCAACAAGAUGGACGACAAGACUGUGAACUACGGACAGGAGCGGUAUGACGAGAUUGUGAAGGAGGUGUCUGCUUACAUCAAGAAGGUUGGGUACAACGUGGAGAAGGUGCGCUUCGUCCCCAUCUCCGGAUGGCAGGGCGACAACAUGAUUGAGAAAUCCGAGAAGAUGCCAUGGUACAAGGGUCCAACGCUCCUGGAGGCACUAGACAUGCUGGAGCCACCAGUGCGUCCGAGCGACAAGCCCCUGCGUCUGCCACUGCAGGACGUGUACAAGAUCGGUGGUAUUGGCACCGUGCCCGUUGGUCGUGUGGAGACCGGCGUGAUGAAGCCUGGUGAUGUGGUGACGUUUGCCCCCGCCAACGUGACGACCGAGGUGAAAUCGAUCGAGAUGCACCACGAGCAGCUCGCUGAGGCGACCCCCGGUGACAACGUCGGCUUUAACGUGAAGAACGUUUCUGUAAAGGACAUCCGCCGUGGCAACGUCUGCGGUAACACCAAGAACGACCCCCCAAAGGAGGCCGCCGACUUCACGGCACAGGUGAUCAUCCUGAACCACCCCGGACAGAUUGGAAACGGUUAUGCGCCCGUGCUGGACUGCCACACAUCGCACAUUGCCUGCAAGUUCGCGGAGAUCGAGUCGAAGAUCGACCGUCGCUCUGGCAAGGAGCUGGAGAAGGCUCCCAAGUCGAUCAAGUCUGGCGACGCCGCGAUCGUGCGCAUGGUGCCGCAGAAGCCUAUGUGCGUGGAGGUCUUCAACGACUACGCGCCACUCGGCCGCUUUGCCGUGCGUGACAUGCGCCAGACCGUCGCUGUCGGUAUCAUCAAGGCCGUGACCAAGAAGGACGGUUCUGGUGGUAAGGUGACGAAGGCUGCGGUGAAGGCUUCGAAGAAAUAA